UGAGUUCCGUCUCCUCAGCUGACUGUCCGCCAUUUUGUCAUUUUAAUUUACCUCAGAGAAGCGGAAAAGGAGCGACCGGAGGCCCGACGCCGGGCCGGGAUGGGAGCGCGCCUCUGAGGGCAAGGCCUGCCUCCUCCCCGCCGGCUGGGAGCCCCACAACCGCCUCGAGUCCGGCGGCGGCCGCCUUCCCAAGCUUCUCCCCGUCCGUCUUCUCGGCCUUUCCGCCGCCAUGGCGCUGAAGAUGGUCAAAGGCAGCAUCGACCGCAUGUUUGACAAGAACCUGCAGGACCUCGUCAGGGGAAUCCGGAACCACAAGGAGGACGAGGCAAAGUACAUCUCUCAGUGCAUUGACGAGAUCAAGCAGGAGCUGAAGCAGGACAACAUUGCGGUGAAAGCCAAUGCCGUCUGUAAGCUCACCUACUUGCAGAUGUUGGGCUAUGACAUCAGCUGGGCGGCCUUCAACAUCAUCGAGGUCAUGAGCGCAUCCAAAUUCACCUUCAAGAGGAUCGGGUACUUGGCCGCCUCGCAGUGCUUCCACGAGGGCACCGACGUCAUCAUGCUGACCACCAACCAGAUCCGAAAGGACUUGAGCAGCCCGAACCAGUACGAUACCGGAGUGGCGCUGACCGGCUUGUCCUGCUUCGUGACGCCGGAUCUUGCCCGAGAUUUGGCCAACGACAUCAUGACCCUGAUGUCUCAUACCAAGCCUUACAUCCGCAAGAAGGCCGUGUUAAUCAUGUACAAAGUGUUCUUGAAGUAUCCCGAAUCCCUCCGGCCUGCCUUCCCUCGCCUUAAGGAGAAGCUGGAAGACCCAGACCCCGGCGUCCAGUCGGCGGCCGUCAACGUCAUCUGCGAGCUGGCCCGGCGCAACCCGAAAAACUACCUUUCCCUGGCGCCGCUCUUUUUCAAGCUGAUGACCUCCUCCACCAACAACUGGGUCCUCAUUAAAAUUAUAAAAUUGUUUGGUGCUCUCACUCCUUUGGAACCCAGGCUGGGCAAGAAGCUGAUUGAACCCUUGACCAACCUCAUACACAGUACUUCCGCCAUGUCCCUUCUCUACGAAUGUGUGAACACGGUGAUUGCAGUUCUGAUUUCGCUCUCCUCGGGGAUGCCCAACCACAGUGCCAGCAUCCAGCUCUGUGUCCAGAAACUGAGGAUCCUGAUAGAAGAUUCGGACCAGAACUUGAAGUACUUAGGUCUGCUCGCGAUGUCCAAAAUCCUGAAAACGCACCCCAAAUCGGUCCAGUCCCACAAGGACCUCAUCCUCCAGUGCUUGGACGACAAAGACGAGUCCAUUCGCCUCCGAGCCUUGGACCUUCUCUACGGAAUGGUCUCCAAGAAGAACCUGAUGGAGAUUGUCAAGAAGCUAAUGAUCCACGUGGACAAAGCCGAAGGGACAACCUACCGGGACGAGCUGCUGACCAAAAUCAUCGACAUCUGCAGCCAGUCCAACUACCAAUACAUCACAAACUUCGAAUGGUACAUCAGCAUCCUGGUGGAGCUGACCCGGCUGGAGGGCACCCGCCACGGACACCUGAUUGCCUCCCAGAUGCUGGACGUGGCCAUCCGGGUCAAGGCCAUCCGCAAGUUCGCCGUCUCGCAGAUGGCCAUGCUGCUGGACAACGCGCACCUCUUGGCCAGCAACACCCAGCGGAACGGGAUCUGCGAGGUGCUCUAUGCCGCCGCCUGGAUCUGCGGGGAGUUCUCCGAGCACCUGGAGGAGCCCCACGUGACCCUGGAGGCCAUGCUGCGGCCCAAAGUGACCACCCUCCCGGGCCACAUCCAAGCCGUGUACGUCCAGAACAUGGUGAAGCUCUACGCCUCCAUCUUGCAGCAGAAGGAGCGCUCCGGGGAGAAGGACGUGGCCCAGGAGGCCACCCUGAUGAUGGUGGAGCGCCUGCCCCAGUUCGUGCAGAGCGCCGACCUCGAAGUCCAGGAGAGGGCCUCCUGCAUCCUCCAGCUCAUGAAGUACAUCCACAAGCUGCAGCUCAAGGAGGUGCCGGUGGCCGAGGAAGUCAUGGCCUUGUUUGCCGGGGAGCUCAACCCCGUGGCCCCCAAGGCCCAGAAGAAGGUCCCGGUCCCGGAAGGCUUGGACUUGGACGCCUGGAUCAACGAGCCGCCCUCGGAGAGCGAGUCGGAGGACGAGAAGCCCCGGACCAUCUUCCACGAGGAGGAGCAGAGGCACGCCAGGCACCGGCAGCCCGAAAUGGACGAGGAGGAGCUGGCGCGGCGCCGGGAAGUCCGGAAGCAGGAGCAAGCCAACAACCCCUUCUAUAUCAAGAGUUCUCCUUCUCCGCAGAAGCAGUAUCAAGACAGCCCUGGCGUCGAACACAUCCCCGUGGUCCAGAUUGACCUCUCUGUUCCUUUGAAAGUCCCUGGCCUCCCAGUCUCGGACCAAUACGUCAAGCUGGAGGAGGAGCGUCGGCACCAGCAGAAGCUGGAGAAGGACAAGAAGAAGAAGAAGCAGAAGAAGGAGAAGCGGGGCAAGGGCCGGCGGCACCCCUCGCUCCACACCGAGAGCGACGAGGACAUCGCGCCCGCCCAGCACGUGGACAUCAUCACCGAGGAGAUGCCCGAGAACGCUCUGCCCAGCGACGAUGACGAGAAGGACCCCAACGACCCUUACAAGGCGCUGGAUAUCGAUCUGGACAAUCUGGCUUCAGGGAAGCCUGCCAGGCCUUUAGCGGACAGCGAGAAGCUCCCUGUCCAACGGCACCGCAACGCCGAGGGACUCAAGUCGCCGCAGGAGGCGGAUGUUCCGCCGGCCGAGAAGAAGAGCAAGAAGCCCAAGAAGAAGGAGAAGAAGCACAAAGAGAAGGAGAAGGAGAAGAAGAGGAAAGAGCGGAAGGCCAAGGAGGAGGCCGAGGGGGAAGAGGAGGAGGAAGAAGGCAAAAAGGCUGACGACAUGGACUUCUGGCUUUCAGACGCCCCGCCGCCUCCGCCUGCUGUGGCCACAGAGGGCCCACCGGAAGCGAGUGCCGACGGGGCCGAAUGCGAGGCUCCGGAGGAAGCGAAGAAGGAUGAGCGAGCGGAGGAGUUGGAGGAAGAGGAGGACGAAGGGAGGAAAUCCUCCAAGCACAAGAAGAAGAAGCAUAAGAAGGAGGAGAAGGCCAAGGAGCGGAAGUCCAAGAAGCAUCACGGCGGCCCCGAGGAGCCCCCCACGGACUCGGUCCAGAACGGGACGCUGGAGGACGAACCCCUGCCGCCUAUGUCCAGUUAUGGCCUUCUCGCUGAAAACGCAUACAUCAAAAUGACGUACGACAUCCAGGGCAACCUGCAGAGCCACGGGCAGGUGACGGUCUCGGUGAUCUUUGAGAACAAGAGCAGCAGCUUCCUCAAGAGCAUGGAGCUCAAUGUCCUGGACUCGCUCAACACCAAGAUGCUGCGGCCCGACGGAGCCUCCAUCCACGACGGCAUCGCCGUCCCCUUCCAGCUCCCUCCUGGCGUCUCCAACGAGGCCCAGUUCGUCUUCUCGCUGCAGAGCAUCGUCAUGGCUCAGAAGCUGAAAGGGACGCUCUCGUUCAUCGUCAAAGACGAGGAGGGAUCCACGCACGACAAGAUCGACUUCAAGUUGCACUUCAGCUGCGCCUCUUAUCUGAUCACUACGCCCUGCUACAGCGACGCUUUCGCCAAGCUCUUGGAAUCGGGGGACUUGCACGCCAGCGCCUUUAAAGUGGAAGGCAUCACCGAUCCUUUCCACCACAUCCUGGCCAAAAUCUGUUUCUACCAUCAUUUCUCAGUGGUCGAACGCGUGGGCGACUGCGCCUCCAUGUACAGCCGGUCGAUCCAGGGACAUCACGUCUGCCUGUUAGUGAAAAAGGGAGAGAACUCGGUGUCCAUCGACGGGAAGUGCGACGAGUCGGCCUUGCUGGGCAACCUCCUCUCUGAACUCAAGGAGACCCUCUCGAAGUGCUGAGCCUUCCUUCCUUCUUUCCUCCUUCCCUUCUUUCUUUCCCGGAGGUGAAAAAGCGCCCAAAAGGAACUGAAAAAGCGUCCGAUGGCCCUCCCUCCGCUUUUCCUCCCAUCCGCAUGUGCGUUUUGUGCCCCGUCCCCACUCCGAUACGGUUUACACGGAUUCGAUUCAUUAAUUCCCGGGCCGAAGAAAUCGGUCGUCGGACCUCCCCGUUUGGAUUAUGUUUUGGUUCAAUCUCACGUGGUUCUCCCGUAAAACCCACUCCUUCUUUCCGUUCUUCCCUCCCUCCUUCCAAGACCAAAUCAAAUCGACUUGAUUGGGAACUUUGCCACAAACUCGUCACAUUCCCGGAAUUGUUGAAUGUCUCGGAACGGACUGGGAAUCCUUGCAAGAGAAUCUUCCCCCGACCCUCCUUUUGGCAUUUUAGGUCGACAUUUCCUUUUCCUCCAAAGAGUUGGCAUCUACUCGCAGCUCGCAGUCCUAAGUCUCACAGCUCACAGUCCUAAGUCUCGGGGGUUGCAAAGUCUCCUGGCUCGCAGUCCUAAGUCUCGCGGGUUGAAGUCCUAAGUCUCGGGGGUUGCAAAGUCUCUUGGCUCGCCGUCCUAAGUCUCGCGGCUCGCAGUCCUAAGUCUCGGGGGUUGCAAAGUCUUGUGGCUCGCAGUCAUAAGUCUCGUGGGUUGAAGUCCUAAGUCUCAGGGUUGCAAAGGUCUAAGCCUUGCAGGUCACAGUCCUAAGUCUCACGGGUUGUAGUCCUAAGUCUCACGGCUCGCAGUCCUAAGUCUUGCGGGUCAUAGUCUUAUAUCUCAUGGGUCUCAGUCCUAAGUCUCACAGGCCACAGUCCUAAGUGUCGUGGCUCGCAGUCCUAAGUCUCGCAGGUUGUAGUCCUAAGUCUCGUGGGUCACAGUCCUAAGUUUCAUGGCUCGCAGUCCUAAGUCUCACGGGCUGUAGUCCUAAGUCUCAUGGGUCCCAGGACUAAGUAUCAUGGGUUGCAGUCCUAAGUCUUGCGGGUCCCAGUCCUAAGUAUCAUGGGUUGCAGUCUUAAGUCUCGUGGGUCCCAGUCCUAAGUCUUAUGGGUCACAGUCCUAAGUCUCAUGGUCUGCAAUCCUAAGUCUCAUGGGUCCCAGUCCUAAGUAUCAUGGAUUGCAGUCCUAAGUCUUGCGGGUCACAGUCCUAAGUCUCACGGGUCGCAAAGGUCUAAGUCUCACGGGCUACAGUCCUAAGUCUCGUGGGUCGCAGUCCUAAGUCUCGUGGGUCCCAGUCCUAAGUCUCGCGGCUCGCAGUCCUAAGUCUCGUGGGUCCCAGUCCUAAGUAUCAUGGGCCACAGUCCUAAGUCUCACAGGUUUCAGACCUAAGUCUCGCGGCUCGCAGUCUUAAGUCUCACAGGUUUUAGACCUAAGUCUUGUGGCUCGCAGUCCUAAGUCUCACGGGCUGCAGUCCUAAGUCUUGCGGGUCCCAGUCCAAAGUAUCAUGGGUCGCAGUCCUAAGUCUUGCAAGUUUCAGACCUAAGUCUUGCGGGUUGCAGUCCUAAGUCUCCUGGGUCGUAGUCCUCUAAGUCUCGCGAGUCCUAGUCCUCUAAGUCUCGCGAGUCCUAGUCCUCUAAGUCUCGCGAGUCCUAGUCCUCUAAGUCUCGCGAGUCCUAGUCCUCUAAGUCUCGCGAGUCCUAGUCCUAAGUCUCGAGGGUCAUAGUCCUGAGUCUCGCGAGUCAUAGUCCUGAGUCUCGCGAGUCAUAGUCCUGAGUCUCGCGAGUCAUAGUCCUAAGUCUCGCAGGUCAUAGUCCUAAGUCUCGCGAGUCAUAGUCCUAAGUCUCCUGGGUCGUAGUCCUAAGUCUCCUGGGUCGUAGUCCUAAGUCUCGCGGGUCAUAGUCCUAAGUCUCGCGGGUCAUAGUCCUCUAAGUCUCGCGGGUCAUAGUCCUAAGUCUCUCGAGUCCUAGUCCUAAGUCUCUCGAGUCCUAGUCCUAAGUCUCCCGAGUCCUAGUCCUAAGUCUCUCGAGUCCUAGUCCUAAGUCUCGCGGGUCAUAGUCCUAAGUCUCGCGAGUCCUAGUCCUAGGUCUCACGAGUCAUAAUCCUGAGUCUCGUGAGUCAUAGUCCUGAGUCUCGCAGGUCAUAAUCCUGAGUCUCGCGAGUCAUAGUCCCGAGUCUCGCGAGUCAUAGUCCCGAGUCUCGCGAGUCAUAGUCCCGAGUCUCACGAGUCAUAGUCCCGAGUCUCGCGAGUCAUAGUCCUAAGUCUCGUGAGUCAUAGUCCUAAGUCUAUACUUAGACCUUUGUGACCCACGAAACUUAGGCCUGCGACCCAGAGAGGCCAAGUUGUGGUGGACGAAAUAGUUUCUUACACGUAACUAUGUGUUUUUUGUGUGGUGAUCUGUGAACUUUGCACAUAUCAUGGGCGAUUUUCACAGACACCACGAAGGAGAAAAUGGAUGCCACAGCUCCGGAUCGCAAAUCCGGAGUGUUGUUUUUUUGGGGUUGGAGAUGAUCCGCCCUGAUCUUUUGGUUCCUCCGCUUCCUCCGUCUGGGAUAUUCCGCCACGAUGACUAUUUAUUUCAACAUUCCUUCUCAUCUGCACUUCAUUUUUUCUUCUUCUUUGAACCAACGGCUCUCCGUCACCGACUAGAACUCGUAACUAAUUCAGAGCGACCGUUUCAGAUCGUGGUGUCGCCUGUCUCGGUGCUUUGUGGUUAGGAGUGUGUUUCUUACUUUAGUUCCUCCUUCCUUCCACUGUCUUGAUUUGUCGCUCGAACCGGAUCGAUAUUUGCGAAUUCGGGGUCGAGUUCGGAAGCAACCCCGCUCCCGGUCCUUCGGAAACGAGUGGAUUCGAACUAAAUCUAUAUAUAUAUAUCUAAAUAUAUAUAUAAAAUAAAUAUAUGUAUAGUUAUAUUCCUGGAUUGAAAACUUGGGUCACUUUAGCAUGUAGAACUCUCUCUCGUUCUCGUACGGAAAUGGCGAUUCUAGACUUUUCUAAGAAUGAAACCACCCAACUUGAUUUUUAUUUUAUUUUAUUUUUUGCUAUCGACAUGGAAUGAAAAGAGGAGGGAGGGACGACAAAAGGAAACCAAACCACCUAAAGCUGCUGUAACACUUUUUCCCCCCGGUCUGUGUGUGUCGAGAUGAUCCAAUAAAAAAAAUGUCAAACGCA